GCGUGUGUGUUUAUAUAUAUACACACACACACAGAUGUGCUGUAGUCAGCUGCAGCGCGGGGGCGGCACACGGCAUUAGAAGGCGCCGGAAGUGUCCGUGUCGAGGGGCGGCGGGAGAGGGGCCACCAAAGCAAGCCAGUCAGCGGAGCUGAGCGCAGCGGCGAGACGUGAGUCCGCCGCGUCCCGAGUCCCCGGCCCAGCCGGGCUCUUCUCUUCGGCCAGACAUGGACUUCAGGGAAAUCCUCCUGAUCGCUUCCAAAGGACAAGGUGUCAACCACGUACCGAAAAGGUACAGUUUGGCAGUGGGACCUCCCAAGAAAGACCCAAAAGUGAAAGGUGUCCAGUCGGCAGCUGUGCAAGCUUUCCUUAGGAGGAAAGAAGAGGAGCUUAGACGGAAAGCCUUAGAAGAGAAAAGGAGGAAGGAAGAACUAGUGAGAAAGCGAAUUGAGCUCAAACAUGACAAGAAAGCCAGAGCUAUGGCCAAGAGGACAAAGGACAAUUUUCAUGGCUACGAUGGGAUUCCUGUGGAGGAAAAGACAAAGAAGAGGCAGCUAGCAGAAAGCCGCCCGAACCAGGGAACUGACCCAGAGUGUGAGGUGGAGGAGGAAGAGUUCCUAGACUACAGUCAGGAUGAGUUGGAGCAGGACUUCGAGGAGGAGCAAGAGCCUCUCAAAGCUGAAAGCAAACCAAAAGCCCCCCUUAAGAGUGCCCCUCCCCCCAUGAACUUCACUGACUUGCUGAGGUUAGCUGAGAAGAAGCAGUUUGAACCAGUGGAGAUCAAGGCAGCGAGGAAAGCUGAGGAGCGGCCCAUGACUGCAGAGGAACUCAGGGAGCGAGAGUUUCUUGAACGAAAGCAUAAGAAAAAGAAACCUGAGACCGACGCCAAACUACCUCCGCCCAUGUCCAAAAGGACCCCCUCUCAUAGAGACAGUGUGGGCACAAAACCCAGCAAGGGUUCUGGGGACAGGCAGCCUUCUUCCAAAGGAUUGCUGUCUCCUCAUGCUGAGAAGAAACCCAGACCCAGCACAGCCAGUGAAAAGCAAGUAGCUUUGUCUUCAUCCAAAUCCAUGCCAGGAGAGAGAACCAAGGCAGGAUCUGGCAGUAGCUCCCAGGCCUCACACAACAGACCUGUCUUCAAUGGGGCUGGAAAGCCUCACCCCAGCACCUGUUCCCCAAGUGUCCCGAAGACUGCUGCUAGUGGGACUCAGAAACCUGCUUCUGAGCACAAAGCCAAAAAACCUCUUCCUUCUCAUCCCAGCCAUUCCAAACCUGGGCCCACAGUCUUCCCACACAACAAAGCUAAGAGUCCAGGUAUCAGACAGCCAGGCAGCAACACGGACUCAGCUUCUGGACGACCUAGCCCGGGGACAGCUCGGCCCACAGUUAGUUCUGGCGCUAUGCCCAGGCGCCAGAAUGGCAGCUCCAGCUUAGGACCCGAGCAAUCCGUCAGUGGGAUCAGAAAGCUUGCCAGCAAUCCGCAUCCCUCUGGACGAACAGUCAAUGGCACAAAUGGUCCUGGACGACCUGCCAGCAGCUCCACUGGCCCUGGGCGACCCAUCAGUGGCCCUGGAGUUUCUGGGAGACCUUUGAGCAGUUCUGGAGGUCCUAGGCGGUCUGUAAACAGUCCACAUGACAUUCGACGACCAGUGAGCAACCAAGGCCCCCCUGGGCGGUCAGUCGGUGGCCCUGGAAGAUCUAUAAGUGGUUCCGUUCCAGCUGGACGGACUGUCAGUUCAGGCCCUGGAAGACCAGUGAGCAGCUUAGGACCUGGACGAACAGUUAGUAGCCCAGGCCUCCCCAUAAAACCCAAGUGCACUGUUGUCUCAGAAACAAUUUCUUCAAAGAAUAUUAUUAGUCGGUCAAGCAACGGACAGAUAAAUGGAAUGAAGCCUCCCAUGUCUGGCUACAGAUCUGCCCCAGGUCCUCAAAGGCUCCCCUUCCCGACUGGCUACAAAAGACCUCGAGAGUAUGAAGAUGAUGAUGAUGAUGAAUAUGAUUCAGAAAUGGAUGAUUUCAUCGAAGAUGAAGGAGAACCUCAGGAAGAAAUAUCCAAGCACAUUCGGGAAAUCUUUGGCUAUGACCGAAAAAAAUAUAAAGAUGAAAGUGACUAUGCCUUACGUUACAUGGAGAGCAGCUGGAAGGAGCAGCAGAAGGAGGAAGCCAAGAGUUUAAGACUAGGUAUGCAAGAGGACUUGGAGGAAAUGAGACGUGAAGAAGAAGAAAUGAAACGUCGAAAGGCCAAGAAGCUGAAGCGACAUUAGCCGCUGCUGAAUGUGUGAAUCUGGGACCGUGCUGCAAGGACUCGGCCUUCAGACUGAGCAAGCCCUUACCCUUAGGUCGGCACCCGGACACUCGGGAAGGAAUGCUUACUGUCCUGUCAUCUGAGCGUACAGUGUUCUCAGACAGCCAGGGUGGGCGCUGUAAUGCAUAUGAUACGAUGGUUGCCGUGUGCGCUGAUGACGUUAACGAUUCACAGGUGCCGGCUUGAUCAUGAUGAGCUAUGCACGCUACUGUGGGGCCACUUACCAGUCAGCUGGUCUUUUAUUGUUCCUUUGCUACUUUAAAAGGAGAAAAAGGUUGAUGUGUGAGUGGGGCUCUACCCAGAUCUCAGUCAUACUUGUCUUUAGGAAGGGCCUAGCACUUCUGUGAAUGCUGCCAGCAAUAAAGUGACCUGUCCCAGUCUAUGAAUUGAAAACCCAGGAAAGAGUAGGCUUUAUAAUUACAUGAAUGUCACCCUUGUGACUUUGACAUACAAAAUAGAAUUAUAUUGUAUUCAGCAUUAUUUGUAGAUUGGAUGCUAAGCAUUCUUAAUUUGUAUGAUUAGGUGAUAAAAUUUUUCUAAGUUAAAAUAUAAAUUUUUCCAGAAUAAGAAAUAUUCUUUUCUAGUUUUCCUUUCAGGCUUCCUGUCACACUGACCUUAGUAUGAAGUAGAUGAGGUCCUUACUAUUCUGUUGGUUGUUUUGUUUGUCUUCUUUUCUUUCUUCCUUUUAUUAAAGAAAGAUGACUAUUUGGAUAUUAGAUUUGAAAGAGUAAUGGUUUAAAAAAUCAGCAAGUGACAUGUGUUGUGCCCUCUGCUCUACUCCCCACUCAGAAAGAUAUUCUGGGACCCUAAGGUGCCCCGUACCUCUUGAUGUUAAUAACAUUGCAUUUGUAGCUUAAAUUUCUUAGAAAAUGUUAAUGACCAAAAAAACCAGAAACUAAGUAUUUAGUGUAUCAAGAAGAGUACCGCCUUCUCCUCUGUCCGUAUUGCACUUUGAUUUCUAACUAUGCACUGUGGUGAAAGGUUUUCCUGUUGGUGAUUUACUGAGCUGUGAAGCUUCUGUCCUUCUCAAAAGUCAGCCUACAGACUUUCUGUCACUUAAGCCUAGAGUCCAUCCGGGCUGAUCUAGGGUCUGGUUGGAAGGAAGCCAUGUCUCAAGGAUAGUCAGCAACAGAGAAAGAGAUAGGAUGCUAGAGACCCGAGGGUUGGAAGCAGUCAGAAUUUGGUCUGUGGGGCAAUUCCACAGUGAAUCUGGCUUCUUCAGCUCUUAAGCCAUGAGGGAUGGGGUGCUGGAGAGGCUGGUCUACAGAGAGCUCUUGCUUUUCAACAGGUCCAGAUUUUGUCUUUUGUCUAUGAUGUCUUCAUUCUUUAAGCUUGAAUAUUAUGAGUGAUCAUUUUUAGCCUUCCUUUUGUGGGACCAUUGACCCAGUCCUUAAAACUUACUCAUUUUGAAUUGAAUUUCAAACUCAAUUCAAAAGUGCAAGGAUUAAAUUUUAGAUGGUAUAUGACAUCCUAACUCACCAUGCAAAUAUGGUUUUUUGGUUUUUUUGUGGUGGUGGUGGUGGUGGUUUUUUUUUUUUUUCCCCCUUGGGAGAGGGGGUGAGACAGGGUUUCUCUGUGGUUUUGGAGCCUGUGUUGGCACUAGCUCUUGUAGACCAGGCUGGUCUCAAACUCACAAAGAUCCGCCUGCCUCUGCCUCCCAAGUGCUGGGAUUAAAGGCACGCGCCACCACCUCCUGGCUCCCUAUCCCACUGUUAAAGGGAGUAUGAUAUCCUACUUGAUAAAGUAGGAUUGGAACGUUAUUUUAUUUGCUAUCACUUGUGUGCUUUCCCCUCCAUGAUUUUUCUUGGAUAACCUUUCAAUAUUCGUUCUCUGGAAGCUGUAACUGCAGUCAAGGUUUCUGGUAACUGAAAGCACUGUACUCAGUUACAGGGUGCAGCUGUUUGCACAGGAAGGAGCCAUUAUGCUGGAUUAAAGUUUCAGAACUUGGUAAAGAGUCAGGUUGUGAUGUCUGUCAUGUCUGAAUGCAUUUCUGUUAACAGAUAUGCAUCGACUUUUAUGUUGAAAAAAACACAGGAAAGAAAGACUGUAAGUCCAAAUUGUGUCUUCCAUUUUGCUCUUCUGUAUUUCCUGACCACCGAGAAAAGCUUACAAAGCCUGGGAGGAAACAGGAGCAGGCUAUUCUUUUUUCAAGGUUUACAAAUUAAGUGCUUGAUUUUUAAUGUAUGCUCUCUACUGUCUUGAUUUUCAGAUUUGAUUCACUAUUUGAAGAUGUGCCUUUUAUUGGGUGAUGUUAAUUCUCGAAUGUAGUAAUGUUCCACAAUUGUAAUGUUACAUGAUCAUGGGUGUGGCAUUCUCUAACAAAUUAUGUGACAAGAAAGUAGUUUUCAUAAAACUCGUGGCUCUGAUUGCACAGUCCCACUUGCUAAAGCAAAGGGCACUUCAGAACUGGUCUUUGUACUUUCUCUCUGCAGUGGAUGCAGUUGUGUCCACUGAGAGGCAGGGUACCACAUGUCCCGGGCAGCCCUGUGUGUGCCAUGAGAAAGUUCAAAGACUUACCAGAAAGUCUAAGGGAACACGGAAUUUCAUUUUUGUAAUGGUAACCCCCAAGAUUUUCUCCAAGAAAUAAAUUAUUUUGUAUUUUAUAACUUAAAAGCAGCUAGUAGUACAUUUCCGAGAUAUAGCAGAAGACCAAAACAUUUUGGAAAGAGAAUAAAUAUAUGCAGAGAGACUGGUUGUUUUAUUUUCAGUGUGCUGAUUAGACUAUUUAUUUUGUGAGUGGAUGUGAUGAAAUACAUAUUCAGGUGUUUAGUGUAUGAUUAAGAGUGAAAUAUAGAUUUCUUUGGAAUUAUUAAAUCCAUAAUGUCUUUUACAUAAUGGACAAAUCAAAUGUAAAAGAAGAAAGCUUGGACAUAGCUUAGCUUGUUUUCUGGUGCUGUUGACCUGCAGAAGAAUAUACUUUUGCAUAUACAGGUGAAUGUUUUGCAAUUUAUGUAUACAAGAAAUUGUAGGCAUUAAAAUAUUUUAUUGAUA